GAUGAAGAUGAUGGUAGUGAUGAUGAGGAAGAUGAUGAUGAACCCAGUGGCAAGUGUACACGGGCAAACAGAAGCGCUCACUUGAGAAUCCGCCACGUCCAGGCCCGCCGCAGUGGACUUGUGGGACGGUGACUGUCACUAAGAAGAAUAUGCCAUGCAGUCAAGUGACAAAUAUUCUGGUUUGGCCUGCUAGCCAAGUAGUGAAUGGCCGCUCGCGAGCAGUGGACGGGGACAGUCGUCAGGCGGCGACGGCGGCGGCGAGGGGCAUCGCGUGAGGCGCGGGAAGAAGCCGAGCACCGGCGGGAGACAACCGGAGUACCUGCGGAGGAGAGCCGGAGCGUCCUACGUCACCGGCGGCGGAGCUCCACAGACACCUCGGCGGCUUUUCUGGGGCAUUUUCAAGCCUUCGCAGUCCAAAUAGACAACAGCCGGACUUUAUUUUUUAAUUUACAUCGCUUUUUUUAAACGUAAUUUUCCCAAUAUUAUUUUUAGUGUAAAUUGCAAGCAACAACGUUAGCGUUUAUUUGUGCUGAAUUGACUUGGCGUCCUAUUUUUUAUUUAUUUUUUCUUGGAAGAAAUCCAUCACAGGAGCUGACAGAUACGAUGUUGCAAACGGGUCACCCAGCAGCAGCAGCAGCAGCAGCAUAACAGGCAUCAUGGUGGACAUCAGGGGUCAUCAACCUUUUGCAAAAGAAGCUACUUUGAUACGAUUAAUGCAAAAGGAUAAAAAAAAAACAAUCUAACGAAGAAACUGAUCACGAAUAAAAUAUUAUCAAGGCUUUCGUUGACGACGUUGGCUCCGAGAUUCCAUUCCUUCCUUCCUUCCGGCGGGCUUGUGAAAGUCCGCCGCUUGAGAAGCACUGAUUGGUGGCUGAGAAUGCCGCAGAGGACAUAAACCACGCUCCUUGAAGAAAUGUCAAAACAGAGAGGAACCAAAAGGUCACGAGUUUGAGCACAGGAAAAAAAAAGCCCAGCAAGAGACAGGCCGAGGAGAAACGCUGCAAAGGAAGUCUCCAUGGCUACCGAUCCAGGAGAGCCCACAGGCACAGAGGACUCGACGGAGAAACCUGAUGGACACAGGGAGGAGGACCUUGAGGGCACGCGGAGGGACACACCCGGCAGCAGCCCCGCGGCCGUCCUCCCGUCUCAGGGGUGGAGAAGGAUGGCAGAAGAGCAUGAAGGAGCUGGUCAGGAGGGCGCGGUGGCCUCGGUCACACCCGAAAUGUCCUCCUCCACGCCCACCUUGCCAGUUGACACAGGGCAGAAAGGUCAGAGGAGGGAGAAGCGCUUCUUCAGGAAGAGCGUGGAGAUUUGCGAGGAGGACGAGCAAGCGGGUCUCCCGGAAGCUCCUCGCAGCGUGCCCAACCUGGACCUGCACUCCUUCGACCCCGUCUUCAGCGGCGUCCAGCAGCAAGGAGCCGUGUCCUGCAUCGCCCUGCGCCAGGAUCCGUCCCGCCCCGGUGAGCAGGAACCCGGCAAAGGCGGCCCUCCUUCUUCGCCCAGCCAAAAGGGCAAAGAGAGGGAACGCGAGCAGGAGGAGGAGGCCGAGAUGAAAGCCGUGGCCACAUCUCCCGGAGGCAGGUUCCUCAAAUUUGACAUUGAACUAGGCAGAGGAGCUUUCAAGACCGUCUACAAAGGCUUGGACACCGAGACCUGGGUGGAGGUGGCUUGGUGUGAGCUUCAGGACCGCAAGCUGACCAAGGCCGAGCAGCAGCGCUUCAAGGAAGAGGCGGAAAUGUUGAAGGGGCUCCAGCAUCCCAACAUUGUGCGCUUCUACGACUCGUGGGAGUCGGCGCUCCGUGGAAAGAAGUGCAUCGUCCUCGUCACCGAGCUCAUGACCUCGGGGACGCUUAAAACGUACCUGAAGCGUUUCAAGGUGAUGAAGCCCAAGGUGCUGCGGAGCUGGUGCCGGCAAAUCCUGAAGGGCCUUCAUUUCCUGCACACCAGGACCCCUCCCAUCGUGCACAGGGAUCUCAAAUGUGACAACAUCUUCAUCACGGGCCCCACCGGUUCGGUCAAAAUAGGCGACCUGGGACUCGCAACCCUCAUGAGGACUUCUUUUGCCAAAAGCGUCAUAGGAACCCCCGAGUUCAUGGCUCCCGAGAUGUAUGAGGAGCAUUACGACGAGUCCGUGGACGUCUACGCCUUUGGAAUGUGCAUGCUGGAGAUGGCCACUUCCGAAUAUCCCUACUCCGAGUGCCAAAACGCCGCCCAGAUUUAUCGCAAAGUGACAAGCGGUAUCAAACCGGCCAGUUUUGAGAAAGUCAACGACCCAGAGAUCAAAGAGAUUAUCGAAGGUUGCAUCCGUCAGAAUAAAAGUCAGAGGCUGUCCAUCCGAGACCUUUCGAACCACGCCUUCUUCGGUGAAGACACGGGGGUCCGCGUGGAGCUGGCAGAGGAAGACACGGGCACCCAGGAUUGUUUGGCUCUACGGAUUUGGGUGGACGAGCCCAAGAAACUGAAGGGCAAGCACAAAGAUAACGAGGCCAUCGAGUUUAGCUACGACCUGGAGAACGACAGCGCUGAGGAAGUGGCUCUGGAGAUGGUCAAAUCGGGCUUCUUCCACGAGAGCGAUGCCAAGGUGGUAGGCAAAUCCAUCCGGGACCGAGUCAAUCUGAUCAAGAAGUCUCGGGAGCGACGGCAGCAACAACAGCUGCUCCAGCAGCAACAGCUGCUCCAGCAGCAGAAGCAACAGCAGGGAUGGGAAGAAAGACGGGACUCGGCUCUCACGUCCGCCACCGUCUCCCAUCAAUCCAGCCCAUCACGACAAGGGGGCGGAGCAACUGGAGGAGGAGGGCAGGAGUCUGACAACCUGCCUGAAGUGGACCAGCAUGUUGUCCAAGGGGCAAGGCUGUGCCUGCCAGGGCAAAGUCUGGCAGCAACCACCUGCGACUCGUGUGCUAGCGGGCAGAGCCAGUCACUCUCUCAGCCGGGGGACUCGCUUGCGCUCUCCCAACCCAUCUCCACGUCUGUAUGCGAUUUGGCCACAAUCUGUACUGCGGCGCUGGCCGCUCCUCCGAGGCUCCCGGUGGGUGAGGGUCUUCCAAGCGUGCCGCUUGGCCAGAGCGUCAGUUUGACCAGCGUCGGCCCGCCCGUUGCUCAGAACUUUCUGCGGCCCUCCGCCGUGGUUCAGCAGGUAUCGCCAAGUAGACCUCAGCUGUAUUUUCAGUCGCAAACAUUCCCAUCAGAUGCAUUUCAACCCGCCGCCCCCCAAACGCCGCUGGCCCCCUCACAGUCCUACGUCCCCCCCAUUACCCCGCAAGUUCUCCCUUCAUCCAUGCCACCGGGUGAUCUGGUGGUGACUAUUGUUCCCCUCGCUCAGCAGCCCCGGCCCGAGGCCCCUCCCGCCGCCGCGCAGCUCGCUGACAUUAUUCAGCAGCCGCCAUCGCAGCCAACGCAAGCUGUCCUUCCAACGCAGCUCGCUCUCGGCGGCCAGACGUCGGGCCUUCAACAGAGCCUUCAAAGCGAGCCUCAGCAGCCCAUCUGCGUACGGCCGAGCCUUCCCCCGGCUACGGAACUGUCGGCUUUGUCGUUGGCGCCGUCGGGGCAACGUUGUCAAGCGGUCAAUGAGCGGAUCGUCGUUCAAUCACAGCAGCAAGUUUUAAGGCUGGACCAACAUCCAACUUUGAUCCCCCUUGAUCAGCAGCAAGGUCAACUGGAGCAGCAGCAGCACUUAUUGGAUCGACAACAAGCUAUUAUUCAACAGCAGCGUCAAGUCGUGCCGCAGCAAGCGCUUUCGCAUCACCAUUUAGGGCAACAGUUGAAUCAACAGAUGGAAAAUCCCCAGACCAGAAUCCAGCAAGAGCAAGCCGUGCCUCAGCAGCCCCAGCCCAGGCAACGAGAAGAACCGGCGGGUCUCCAGCUCGUCUUCCAGCAGCAGCAAAUCCAGCAACAAGGUCUUCUGCAACAACCACACGAGGUGGUGCCUCAGCAACAUCAAACGGCCAGACAGCAACAGCUUCAGGAGCAGCAAGAGCGCCAAGCUGCCGUGGUUCGAUCCCAGCAAACGGAAAAACAAGAAGAGCCCGUCGUUCCUCUUCAAAGUUGCAUCGAGCAGCAACAAUGUGAAAUGCUUCAGGCAUGCGCCCCUCAACUAAACAGCGCUCAGUUUCCGGGGCAACAAGCCGCACUGCUCAUGCAGCCGGGAGCGUAUUCGACCCGCGUCCCGCUCAGACUUCCGCUGGGCCCCGAGGUCAUUCGGCAGCUCGCCGGUGUCGUUUCGCCGGCCGAGGCGUCGGGCGCCGUCCCGGCUCAGGCGCUUUGCCAGCAAGUUCCCGGCCCGAACCCGAGCCACGUUGCGCUCCAUUACACUAGCCCGCCGACCACGCGAGCAGCUCAAAUGCUGAUAGACUCCCGCGUUGUUCCUGUGCUCGUGACUUCCCAAGGGCAGGCGCAAAUCGUCAUCCAAGCCCAGAAUCUUGUCGGCGCUUAUCCUGAACCGACGACUUCCACCACCAACCAAUUGUCGGCUCAGUCCAGACCGACGCACAGCCAGAACGCUGACGUUCAAGUGGUGGGCCUUCAAAGCCAGACCGCUGCCCCGCUUCCAGCGACGACAAUUCCUGCUCAGAUCCCGCGUGAGCCUCAAAUGCCAGAGCUGCCCCAGCAAACUCCAAGCCAGACGCUUCUCCCGGCCCAAAGUCACCUUCCGGCGAGCCUGUUGACCACUCACUCGGGCAACUACUCGACGUUUCCGCGCGAUGUGAUCAAUUUUACGCAGCGGCCCGUGCUGCGCUACCAGCAGGUCGCCGGUCUCAAUCCUCUGCUGGACCCUUCGCGCGUCGUUACCGCUGCGGUCAAUAUUCCCGUGGUCCUGGCCCAGCAGCAACCAGUAGGAAGUGCCGCAAACCCCGCCCUAAUUCAGCCCGUCUCCCAGACGCUUUGUCAAGCCCAGUUGCCGGUCGAGCCCGUCCCGCCUCCACACCAGCUCAGUCAGGUUUGCGGGGAUGAGGUCGAGCCGCCGGCACGUGUGGCCGAUCAUCAUUCCCAUCAUUCAUUGGGCACGAGCGGAACGGCGGGCGAGGCGGCUUCCCCUCAGAAGGCGCCGACCCAGACGUGCAUUCCAUCGCAGUUGCCGCCCGCCCAAGCGCCUCUUGUUCUCCGCGCCGUCUUCCCCGCAGUCCUGAGCCCCUCUCACCCCUCGCCUCCCCCGUCGUCACUACCAUGCCCUCAUCCCGCUCCCGCUGCGCCAGAGCCGCCGUUCCCUCCGGCAGCCCAGGUGGUGCCACCGGGGCAAGGCGACUUUCUCGCUGCUGCCGCUGCUCUAGACUCGCUUAAUUGCCCCGCCCCCAAACUGCCCCAAGCCUCGCCGCAAGACUCUGACAUUUCCCCGCUGGGCGUUUCUCAGGAUUGUCCGCCCCUGUCAAAUACAGAACGCCCUUCCUCAACCGGGUGUCUGCCAGCAAACGGAGAAGAAGCUCUUUUGCUCUUGGCCAACGGCAAAUUAGAAAAAGCAAAAGGCCAGAGGAGAGCGUCUUCGCUAAAACCCGAGAAGUUCCCGCAUCAGUUUCAGCUGAGUAUGCUUCAGGUGUCGGGCAGUGGGGACAAUAUGGUGGAGUGCCAGUUGGAGACCCAUAGUAACAAAAUGGUGACCUUUAAAUUUGAUAUGGAAGGAGAUGCUCCGGAGGACAUUGCGGAUUACAUGGUGGAGGAAGUCUUUGUACUGGAUGUGGAAAAGGAGAAGUUUGUCGAAGAGCUCAGAGCCAUCGUGGCAAAAGCACAGGAGAUACUUCAAAGGCAUUCACUUACCGGGUCCACCGAGCGCUUACAAGUCAGCACGCCCAGCGCCGGCUCUACGUCCGACUCGGUGCCGCACUCGUCUCCGGUGGGACGCUGGCGUUUCUUCAUCAACCAGACCAUUCGCCACAGAGACUCUCUGUCGAGCCAGGGGACUGCCACCACACCUCCUACCGGAGAAGCAAGAACACUCCCCCCGCAAAAAACGGACCAAGAAAACGAAAGCUUCCAGAUUCUGGAGUCCUCCAGUAGCGUGUCUUCUCCUGUCUCGGCGCCGUCGACCACGAUUGCACCCACUUGGCACGCCGCCGCACCUGAAAGCACCUCUCUGACUAUUUCAGGUGUCUUCAGCGCAACCUCCGCCGACCAACGGCUCGGUGCGGCGGCCAAUUCCACGGCAGCCGACCCGACUUCCUUUCCCGCGUCCGCCGACGUUCAGGCUGAUGUCACAGUCAGCGCGGCUGACGCGGAGCAGAUGCUUCAGCUUGAGCAACAGGUGCAACGUCAACAAGUGCAGCAGACGCAGGAAGUCCACCAAGAGCAUAAUUCCAGUACGCUGCAAGAGUGUCAGCUCCAGCAAGUUCUGCCUCCAAGUCAGCCCCUCCCAGACCAGCAACAUCUAAACACACAGCAGACCACGUACAUGCCGCAGCAACAGUUGCUUUGUAGCCAUCCGGCGCAGGCCACCCACAUUGAAAACCCAGAGCGAGGGGACACGGCCACAACCGCCCGCACACCUCCCCGACAACACCCGUUUCCCAAACAGUCUUCCCUCCAGCAGUCCGAGUCGGAGGUGUCGACGGGAGAGAUGAGCUUGACGGACGAGGCGGCGGCGGCGUCUUUGCCGCCGCUUCGUUUGGGAGCCGGCGAAGCCACCUAUCUGCCGCUCACGCUCAGCCCGUCCCCCGCGCAGCCUUCCUCGGUGGCCGAGUCGGACAGCGAAGGUCCCCCGAAAAUCGAAUUUGGGGACAAUCGUAUGAAGACGCUGGAUGAAAAGCUGAGGAACUUGUUGUACCAGGAGUACAGCGGGGGCGCGGCGGCCGGCGGGGCAGCGUCCUCGCUGACGUCAACGUCGGCGGCCUCCACGUCUGCAGGUGGAGAUGAGUCAUCGGAGCCACAGCCGUCGUCUUUCGCGCCUCCUUCAUCUCUUCGCUCCUCGUCCUCCUCCACCACCACCUCCUCUUCCAGCUCCACCACCACUCCUGACCCGGAAAACUGUGCAGGAGUUGAGGGAGACUCCUCCGAAGUUCUUCAGUCAACAGAGAAAGGCCUGAUAGAGCCUUCCACUUCCAUCCCCCCAGCAUCUUUCCUCCCUGUCAAACAGGAUGCGCCCGCUGGGCCACAGCGUCCUCCUGUAGCAGGAGAACCGACUAUCCUAGCUUUGGCCCCACAUUCCGACAACAGCAUCACUGGAGAAGCCUUGCGCCCCCACCGCCAGCAGAUCCCCCUCGGGCACGGAACGCAGCAGCAUAAUGCAGGAGGUGGAUAUUUUGGCCUAAACCUGACAUGUCCUAGUAUCAGAAAUCCCGUUUCUAGCAAGAAAUCCUGGACUCGCAAAUUCAAAAACUGGGCAUGCAAAUUGCGCCAUUCCGCCAGCUUGUUCAAGAAGCCCAGAGUCCAGCAAGUCUCGUUAUCCGACGGAGGCUCCGGCGCUCUGUCGCUCCAAGAGGCGAAGGAGGCGGCACCACCGACUCAGAUGCGCAAAGGACGAUUCCAUGUGAUCCCGGUUCCUCCGUCCCCACCGCCCAGGAAGGCGUCCUCAAGGCGUGGCAGCGCCGACAGAAAAGUGGGCCGCUUCUCGGUGACAAAGGCCGAGACGCGGGAUGACUCGGGCCAGACGGACAGCUCCCCGGUGUCUCCUGUCCAGCUCAGGGAGAGGAGGAGAUCUCGGGUGAAGGAGGGCGAGAAAGAUGAGAGUCGAAGGACGCCGGCCGCAGGCCACCAUUCUCGAGGGCACGGGCAUAGCCACUCCCCCGUCGAUAGCAGCGAGGAUGACGACGACGGGAGUGAGUUGGAGGAUGAAGAUCUGAGAAGAGAACUGCACAAGCUGAGGGAGAAGCACAUCAAAGAAGUGGUGUCGCUUCAGGCCCAGCAGAACCAAGAGCUGCAAGAACUGUACAGACAGCUUCGCUCCCAAAAAGACCAAAGGCAAAGUCUUCCCGCUUGCUUGUCCCGAAGCCCCGCCCUUCCCGCAGCGCCGCCCCUCCUCUCCCCUCGUCGACCCAGGCCGGCCAAACUCAAACUGCGACCCCGACCUCACUCUCACAUGGAUAACAACGGAGUCACACAUGCCGGACUCCAGCAGUCGAGCGGCUUUUCGGGCACGGAACAAAGCGGAGGGCCUUCUCAUCGCAGCUCAGAGCAUCGGCCCUCGCUGCCUGCCAAAAGAGAUCAAAGCCCUGCCAAGAAGAGCACCUUCACGCUGGAAUUGCACAAGUUGCUUGACAAUUGGACAAAGGAGGCGGUGGGCCAGAACACGCCCAAACCGUCCCUCAAUCAGAUCAAGCACAUUCGGCAGGUGCAGGAGCUGGGAGGCUGGACCCAGACACCUGAGGUGGCUCCUCCAGCAGAAUGGUUUCCCUCGGUCCCACUGAACCCGCAGGGGCCCUCGGCUGCUACCGGCUUGCCCGCCACCGCCCCUCCCCGGAACACUGGCGGAGCUGACCUGUCCCAGCCGCAAUCGCACACGGCCCAAGUAGCACACCUCCAGCAGCAGAUGAGCUAUCAGCAGACCCCGCUGCGUCAGCACGUCCAGACGCCGCCCGACGUCCGGCUGCAUCAAAACCAAUCUCGGCUGCCUUCCCGCGCCGCCUCGGUCCCGUCUGCGCCACCUGGCGACGCGCCCUCUGCGGACAGCGCCGUCGCUGGCGGGGGGGCAUUUUGCACUUGUUCCUCCUCAUCUUCAACCAACUGCUCCUCCUGUCUGAACGCUGCUGUACCUUCCAGUGCCAAAAAGAAUCACCCCACUGACAACCCCGGCCUCCACCCCUCCUCUGGAACUGAAAUAAAACCAAGGUUGGUGUGAUUAUUAAAAAAAAAAGAAAAAAAAAGGUGCCAGAAAAGCUGUAAUUGAGUUGGAGCGGGACGUAGCAUGGAUCUAUUUGGACUAUUAGGCUGGAUUUAAACUGUCGCAGAUGACGGGGACCGAGACCUGUCACAAAUCAAAAAAAGGAUUAAAAAUUGUCCAUAUGAACACUUUAAACUGUAUAUGUACGCUGAAAUAAGAUCCCCAAACACUUGAAACUCAUUCCACUCAUUCGGCUUCCAAAUAAAGGGCUUCUAGAUUAUUUGAUGUUGAAGGAUGCUAACAAGUAUUCUGCUAACAUGUUGACCCACCGGUAUGUCGUCACUGCCCAAAAAUCUGAUUUUGGCAUAAAUUCAGAAACGCUCCGACCCGCACUGUAAUUCCAGUCUUAGUACCGUAAUUUUCGGACUAUAAGUCGCACCGGAGUAUAAGUCGCACCAGCCAUAAAAUGCCCAAAAAAGUGAAAAAAAAAACAUAUAUAUGUAUAUAAGUCGCUCCUGAGUAUAAGUCGCCCCCCCCCACCCAAACUAUAAAAAAAAAACGCGACUUAUAGUCUGAAAAUUACGGUAACUGCACAAUGGGACAUGAACGUGAGAUGAACGGCUCUCGCAUGUGCAGACAGAAGGCGACAUUGAACGCACCACCGCGGGGACACGAUACUCUCGUUUCUCUCCUGCGCGCGUUUGCGUUCAUCGCGCGGCAGAGAAUUUGCAACAUAUCUCCGAAAAAACUUUUACCUGUCCACCAUCGCACCUAUGCCGGAGAUGUUUUGUUUCCACUUGUUAAUGCUUGCGGUGAACGGACUAUCAAUUUUAAAAGUGCAAUUAGUCCUGAUCAUGGGAAUUGAUCAGCAUGUAUGUAUUGUCAUGUCUAGGUCAUCAAAUAUUUUUGUAUACGUCAAGUGAGAAAUUUUCAAAGGGGUUGGCUUACAGCACAAACUACUUCGGCGGACCAUAAAAAAUAAAUUAACAGUUUGCGACUUAGUUUCAAGAUGGAUGGCUCACAUUUACCAAAAAAGCAACGAUGACGAAUUUCUGCUGUGUGGCUCAGUCAACCCAGCGCCAAUCUGUUUGUGAAUAGAAUAAAUGUCCAUAUUUUUGGCGCUAUAAAUUUGCCAAGCAAGUCAUUUCAGGUGCCAGUCCGAGCUCUAAUUUCAAUCUACCGUCUACCGGGUAGCAUUUCAUCACAUUCAGUCAAGUGCUGAUGGAAUGUCAAACAAUCAACAAAUGGCAGCUAAUGCGUGACAAGCUUUUCAUUUCAUCUGGAAAUUUCCCGGCAAAACUGGAUACUGCCGACAUUUGGUGACAUAAAGUGUCUGCUAAAUUGUGAAUUGUCAUAAAUUGGCACCAACAGCCACAGCAGAAACUUUUCCUUCCACAUAUCAAAUAUUGUGGUGCAUAGAGUGAAGCAACUGCCAAGUUUUAGUGAGCCCCGGCAACUCUUUCAGAUUAGAGGGCAUGGCUCAGUGGUAGGGCGUUCGAUUCUCGACCAUUGUGACCAUGUCCGAGUGUCCUUGAGCAAGACACUGAAGCGCCAGUUGAGGAAACAGUGGAAAGAAAGCGCUUUGAGUACCAAAGCGCUCUACAAAUGACAACCCAUUAGCACAUUUUGCCUUUUGCAUUUUUCAGUGUGUAAGUCGUAUUGUUUUGUUUGAUCCACAUUAAAUGAACCCGUCUAAAAUGACUCAACUGACUAGGGGGCGUCAAAGUAAUCAUUGCACUUGACCGCCAACUGUCACAAGAUAAUCUGUGAGCAUUUCAUGUGCUGACUACACACUGCCAAAGGUUAAAUUAUGAAAGACAACUCGAGUUUUCCAUGUUAUACAGACGCGCUCUGUGCAACAAUAUGCAAGCGGAUACAUUUCACUCAACUGGCUUAGCAGCUCAUGUAGGAUGAAACAUAUUUGCAGUGUUUCCGGACUUUGUCUUUUGCAUUUGAGGUAAUAAACAUUCAGAAAAUCAAAUAGUUGGGUUACUUUGGAAUCAUUUAGAAUUGACCAGUGAUUUUCCUGAUCCAUUGCUGUCAUGUCUGAUACUAACUUGUCGACCACAAGCUUGAUUAUCACAUUGUAUGAUGUUGAGCUGGUUGUGUGUUACUGAAAUCUUAAAAAUAAAGAGCGAGAGAAAAAUACCUAUUAUUUUUGUAUUUUGAAAUGGAGAUUUUUCCUUGUAAUAUUGUGAUCCUAAUAAAUCAAAAGGCUGUUUCUCAUCCGUGUUCUGAAGGACUCGCCCUGUGUUAUGCCUGCGAGCCAAUGAUGAACAAAUACAUUUGGGAAAUCCUGAAAAUACAAAGUAUGUUGCUAGUGAUUUGCCCUCUGUACAGUGUAACACAAACAACUUUUGCUUUUAUUUAUGUUUUCUAACUAAUCCAAAUAAAUGAUGUCCAACAUCUA